CGUGUCGAAUGCAUCUCUGCACAUGUACAGUCAUGCUCUCUCUUCUGUCGUUACUCUGCCAUAAGAAACAAAUUCGACGCCGAACGGUAUGCAAGCUCCAGCCGCUGCCGGUGCCAGUAUACAUGGACCCCCAUCUUAUAGUAUGUAGCACCGCUUUUAGUAAUUGUACGCAGAACCGAGUAGCGCUUCGUUGCUGUAUCAUGGAGAAAAGUAAUCCUAGGAUAGUAUUUCCGUUGGCGAUUGUAGGAUGAUAUCGAUCCGUCUUCUGCAGCUCGCUCAAGAUCGUUAGGCUCGAUACCCCGGGACAACCAGACUCUUCUGCUCGAUAUAUGCCAAGUAUACCGUUUGAAGGGAUUCUCUUCUUGCCAUCAUUAGUGGGUUCAGCAACCCGGGUAUAGAACAUGCCCGCAACCAUCCGAAACCCC